UACAAGUGUUAAGAGUUAUGGUGAGUAAUAAUAAGAGCAGAAAUUCAUACAGGCUUUUAAAUUGAUGUUAUUUGCAAAUAUGUGUCUCCUAACAGCAACUGACUUGAAGCGUAUUUUUGAGAAAGUGGACGUGAAUGGCGACGGAUUGGUGAGCCUUGAGGAACUGAAUCGAUUGCUUCAGAUGACGGGCAAUUCCCAAUAUAGCAUAGAAGAGUUGGAAUCACUUGUGGAAAAGAAAAGUCUUGGUUUCAGUGAUUUCUUGUUCUUUUACAACUCAAUAUCGGAGCAGAACAAGGGAGAGAGCAAAGGAAGUGAGUUGGAGAGCGACCUGGCCAAGACCUUUGAGGUGUUUGACUUGGACGGAGAUGGUUUCAUCACAAGCCAAGACCUUGAGUCUGUCUUGAAGAGGCUUGGCUUCUGGGAUCAAACACAUGCCAAGGAUUGCAGAACCAUGAUUCGUUUCUAUGACACCAAUUUCGAUGGUCGCCUUGAUUUUCAGGAAUUCAAGACCAUGAUGUUGCUCACCAAAGCUUGAAUAUAUUCAUCAUUCAAUUCAUUUUCCAUCUCAAUCAAUAAUACUAUGGGUGCUUUUCUGUUCUACAAUAUCAUUUUUAUGGCCUCAACUUCUUCACUCUGAACCAAUCAUGUUAUGUGUGUUUUUAAGGUUAUGUCCUCUGCUCGAUGUAUGCCUAGUGUUGUUUAUAUUAGUUAAUUAAGCCCAUGCUACUAUCAAGAUA